AGAAAAGAGGAAUCAAAGGUCAUCUCGCUGUCGAUGAAGUGCUCAAAACACAAUAGCAACCUUUUCCAUUUUGAACAACGCGUCGCACCGGUAUACGUUUCUAUUUCGAAAAAACCAAGUCAACAAGCAACGUAAAAUAGUAGAAAAAGUUCGUAGUUAGUCGGUCCCACAAGAAAAUUAUUGGCGCUUCGUAAUACGCUUUUUGAAUCACAAGCAACACAAAACAUGCGAACCUUCAUUCGGGCUGCCGGGGUAGCCUAUGCUACCGUCCGAUUUGCGGCUGCGUCGAUGAAUUGUGACGACGAGUUUGAGCCCUACUGUAUGAAAGAUUUGCCGCAGGGGUACACUAAUCUGGAUCUCGGCAAAUGCUUUCGCAACAUCCCGGCGGAUAAACGCUCGGAAGGUUGCAACAAGUGGUAUAAUUUAUACUAAGCUGUUUUCUGCAGGUUUGAUAAUAGAAAACUUCAGCUGUUGUUCGAACUUUCGCACCAAUGUCUCUUUACUAUGCACAAAGCCGCGGGAGGCGCCAUGGUAAAUCCUAGACAGAACAAACGACAGGGUCACGUUCCACGAACAGUGCAAGGAGGAAUUCGCGGGUGAACGCUGCAUGGGCUCCGCCUGGACCCCGGAUGCGGAGAUCUGUGUGAAAUCCUGGACCCCGCGGAACGAGAUCACGGCACCGUGCGGGGAGAUGUUGCCGCCGGAGGAGAAGAACGAGGAGGCGGAGCUUUCCCCCGCCGCCAAGAAACGCAAGGAAGAGCGCCGCAAAAUCCGCGAGGAGGCGGCCGCCCGGAUGCGCGAUGAGCAAUCCGGCGGUAGUAAGAAGACCAAAAAGAAGAAGGGCAGCAAGAAGAAGAAGAGCAAGAAGACCGACAAGUCCGAGUUGUAAGUUGUGAACGCACGAUCAACUCUGUCUCGGCAAGUUUGCUGUGAAGAACUCGUGGCUCUUCGGAUCUGGUGUGCACCUCUGUGCACCGUUCUGAAGCCGCAACGCUGCGUUGCGAAAGUUAUACGGAGUGGACUUUUUUAGAAACUUCGACACGGCAACCUCAAACAUUUUUUUAAUGAAUUC